AUGUCUAAUAUACCAACAGAUAGAAACCUCUUUGGAUAUGAUCCAAGUAUCGCUGCAGCUGCAGUCGCUAUGAUUGUCUUCCUUGUCACGGGUGUAGCACACUCUGUGCAGAUGUAUCUCCAUAGGCCGUGUGGGUACAUGCUGCUUAUGGUAAUCGGUGCCUUCUGGGAAUUGAUUGGAUUUGGCAUGCGUAUCAAUGCUGCCUCGCACUCCUCUAGUGCAACAUGGUUUGGUGCUCAGCAAUCAAUGUUGAUAUUGGCUCCUGUUCUUAUUGCAGCUGGAGAUUAUAUGAUCUUGACUCGCAUUAUCCGACACAUUGGAGUCGAAUUCUCACCAGUGAACCCUAAAUACGUUGCUCCCAUCUUUGUUGGAAUGGAUAUAUUAUCGUUUGCUAUUCAAGGUGGUGGAUCUGCUGCUCUCAUUAUGGCUAAAGAUGUAGCUACUUUGAAUUUUGGGUUGAAUUCGCUCAUUGCUGGUUUGGUAUUACAAGUCUUCUCUAUUGCUUGCUUCUUGCUCUUGGCUGUGAUCUUCCAGAGACGGGCUCGUGCUGUGCCUGGUACUAAAUGGCGCAGACUGAUGAUUAUGCUGUAUGUUAGUGCUGCUUUCAUCUUGAUCCGAUCCAUCUACCGUGUCGCCGAAUUCGCUCAGGGCUUCCUAUCUUCAAUCUCCACCAUCGAAGGAUUACUAUACACGUUUGACACCGCUGCUAUAUUCAUCGCCAUUGCAGUAUUCAACAUUGUGCAUCCAGCAGACAGUCUCGUUGCAUCCAAGGAAGCAGACAAUGUUUACGCCAAGUCAAACAAAAUCAACCCCUAG